UCUCGACCUUCACUUGAGAUAUUUAGGAGGGUUUAUAGCUUGUACUGAAAUCAGUGAGAUGGGCAUGUUUCAAAACGUAAUCUUAGUGAGAUGGGCAUAGUUCUGGGUUUUGGGAUUAUAAUCUGUUUUGAUCAGUGAGAUGGGUUUUCGAUAUCAAUUAUUAUAAGUUUUUGAUCUUGUCUUAAUUCAUUACUUCAUUCACAUAUCAGAUUAGAUUUGCUUUGGUUGAAACAAGUAGAUUAAUGGCAUUUUGCUAUCUGAUUCUAAAGAACCUGGUUGGCAUGUGGGUUAGUUCUUUCACGUAGCUUAAGAAUUUUUUUUUUUUGAACAUGCUUAAGAGUUAUUUUCUUUUAACAUGCUUAAGAGUUAUGUUUCAGUUUUGCUUUCUUAAUGUCACCGCUAAUACAUGUAUAUUCUCGCUGACUUUGAAUUAAAAAGAGUAAUUAUUACCUUGCAUUUGUUUCACUUCUCAGGUUUCAACAUAAAUCACAACUAUACAAGGCAAGAAGAAUGGCUGAUGACAUGGUUAGGUGGUACUUGGAUGAUGAUGAUGAUGAUGAUGAUGAUUAUGAAGAAGAGCAGGAAGUUGAUAUGCUUAAGCCAGCAAGAUUGCUUCAUAGAACAGAUCGAGGUGCUGGAUGGCAUCAUGUUCAGCAGCUUAUGCACGGGUCAGAUCAACAGUGUUAUGAUAUUCUUCGCAUGCAUCAGAGGACAUUCCAAGAUUUGUGUAAGAUGUUAGCAACAAGAUAUGAGUUAAAAGAGACGAACAAUGUCUAUAUUGAAGAAGCGGUUGCAAUGUUCCUUGAAGUGGUGGGUCAAGAUCAGACAGUACGGGUUAUUGCACAAACAUAUCAGCGUUCGUUGGAUACGGUCAAAAGAAAACUUAGUGAGGUUUUGAGUGCUCUCUUGAAGUUUGCUGCAGAUGCACUAAAACCAGAAGAUGGUGAGUUCACAAGAGUAUGUCCUGCUUUGGGAAAUGAUGAUCGAUACUGGCCAUAUUUUAAAGAUUGUAUUGGAGCAUUGGAUGGUACUCAUAUCUCAGUUCGUCCUCCUAAGGGAAAUGCAGAAGCAUACAGGGGUAGAAAACAGGUGCCAACCAUGAAUGUCCUUGCUAUAUGUAACUUUGAUAUGAAGUUCAUAUAUGCUUAUGUGGGGGUACCAGGUAGAGCCCAUGACACAAAGGUAUUGACUUACUGUGCAAGGAAUGAGCCCUUUUUUCCACAUCCGCCAAAUGGAAAGUAUUAUGUGGUUGAUGCUGGAUAUCCUACAAGAACAGGGUAUCUUGGUCCGUAUCGUAGAGUUCGGUAUCAUCUUGAUCAGUUCAACAGAGGAGGACCACCAACGAACACUCGAGAAGUGUUCAACCGGAGACAUUCAAGCUUACGAUCAGUGAUUGAGCGGACAUUUGGAGUGUGGAAAGCAAAAUGGAGAAUUCUUGACCGUGGGCAUCCUAAAUAUGGUUUGAUCAAAUGGAUGAAGCUAGUGACGGCAACAAUGGCUCUACACAACUUCAUACGUGAUUCACAUCGAGAAGAUAAUGAUUUUGUGCAUUGGCAGGGAAGAGAAGAAUAUCAUGCUCAUGGUGAUAAUGAAGUUGAAGAUGAUGAAGAAGAAGAAGAAGAAGAUGGUGAUGGUUAUGAUGGACAUAUUCCAUAUAAUCCGACUGGUGACAGAGCCAUGGAAGAUUUACGUGAUCAUAUUACUAGUGAGUUGAGUAGAGGAUAUCGAUUACCUUAUUAGUUUAUUUGAUUUGAGUUUAUUAUUAAUCUUAAAACAUUUGACUUUUGUUUUUAAACAUUUAUUUAUGUUUUGUUUGUUGAUA